AUGGCAACAUUUGUCGCAGGGAUAAAUGGUCCAAAAUUAGUAAACGAAUUACACGAAAACGAGCAAGCCGCCGCCGUAAGGUGUCCACCGUAUUGCGCUAUGCUCACGAGUCACACUUUUCUGGUUGCAGGUGAACGACCGUACAAGUGCCAUCUACCGGAUUGCGGGCGGGCGUUCAUUCAGCUAUCGAAUUUGCAGCAGCACCUUCGGAAUCACGACGCCCAGGUGGAACGGGCGAAGAACCGGCCGUUCCAUUGCAACAUCUGCGGCAAAGGCUUCGCCACAGAAUCCAGCCUUCGUACCCACACGUCGAAGGAGUUGCAACAGCGUGUUGUGUUCCAGCAACACGCCGCUCUGAUCGGCGGCCCGAACGCAACCAGCUGCCCUGUCUGCCACAAACUCUUCCUCGGCGGCGAGGCUCUUAUGGAGCACAUGAAGCACACCCACAAGGACCCGAAUGCCUCCGGCGUUGCCAUUCCCUCCGCUGACUGCACAACCUCCGUUGCCGGGGUUUACCUAGCGAAGCGAAGGACCGCCAACCACCCGUGUCCAGUGUGCGGAAAACACUACGUCAACGAGGGUAGUCUUAGGAAGCACCUGGCCUGUCAUCCUGAGACCAGUCAGCUUAGCACAAGCCUCAGGAUGUGGCCGUGCUCGGUGUGCCAAGCCGUCUUCACUCAUGAGAGCGGUUUGUUGAGUCACAUGGAGCACAUGAGAAUGGACCCGAAACAUCAGUUUGCCGCGCAGUACGUUUUAAGCCGCGCGGCCGCCGACAGGCGGGAGAGAGAGAUCCUCGCGUCUUCGAGUUUAGGUGCGGGAUUGGGUGUGUUGGGAAGCCAAACAGGCGGACCUCAAAAUUUGCAACAACCGCCGAUGUGUCCGUCGCCGUCGGCUCACUCGGACAGCAGCAGUGGAAACGGAAGACUAUCGUCGGCCGGUAGUGAACCUGGUACCGGUCUGCUCAACAACAACAACAACAAUAAUAACAACAAUAUGGCGUCGCCGGGGCCGAGCGGCAACAAGCUGAGCGAGAUGCUUCGGGCGGGUAGUCAACCGGGCACGGCGCAACAGUACCACGACGAGAUGCAGACGCAGCAGCAACGCAUGGCAGUGAUGGCCGCCGCGGUGUCAGCGGGUUUGCAAAACUCGGUAUCGCCGAAUCUGUCGCCGGUGGACAUGGCGUCCCUAGCGGCGGCGAUGAGGAUGGGCAACAACGGUGACAUGAGCGGUGGCGCGCAAGGAUCGACGGGACCGCAACAGCAGGGAGUCCAAGCGACCGGACCAGAGCAGACUUUGAGGAUGCACCAGGCGGAAGCCUUGUUGCGUUCUCAGGCAGAAGCCGCGCUAAGACUGGCUGUAUCGCAGGCGGCAGCAGCGGCGGCGAGUUCUGCGGCGGUUGGCGGAGACGUGAGACAUCACUUGGGACAGCAUAACGGAGGUAGCACUUCCGGCAUGCCUGGACAUCACACGAACCAACAGAUGUCUCAACAAGACACCUUACCAUCGGACCUUGGGGAAGCGUUGCGACUACAAGAGCAGCGACUAGAGCAGGCGCUGAGGCUUCACGGCGAUCCUCGUGCGCUGAGUUUCACCUUACAGCACGUGGUCAACCAGCAGAACAAUCAGCAACCCUGAAAAUUCAGUUACUACUGAGACGAGUGGACCCCUUGGACGUCCGAGCAGGCGAGCUUGCAGCAACAAGCUGAGCGGCUGAACCAGCAGUCCCUGCAGACCGGCGAGCGGCCAGCGUCGCUCGGCGAGCAGCAGCAAGCUUCGUCCAGCAUUGGUCUUCAUCACCAUCAACAACAGCAGCAGCAGCAGCAGCAGCAGCAGCAGCAACAGCAACAGCAGCAGCAACAGCAGCAGCAACAGCAACAGCAGCAGCAGCAGCAGCCGCAGCAGCAUACCGAAG